ACGUCAGCUGUGAUGUUGGACCUCCCCGCUCUCGCACAGAGUCUUCAUCAGUUGCCUCUUCAUCGGAGGCUGAACCUGGAGGCGGACCUGGUCCAGGUCUCCACACCAGCAGAGCUGCCUGCUGUCGGCCUCACCCUGAAACCAGACGUGCCAAAAACCAACGUGUUCACCCCUCGGUCCACAGGGUCCACAGGGUCCACAGGCCUCGGAGCAGAGCAGAAACCCUCCUCAGCUGCAGCGCAGGGUUCAGACWCCAGGGUUUCCUCUGUGGAGGAUGACUGUGAUGAAGAGCUCGACCAGCUGCUCAGUUUACAGAAACCAGUCGGUGCUGCAGAGGAGCCUCCUCCAGAGGAAGCGCCUGAAGAAGAAGAAGAAGAAGAAUCGGCACCAGAAGCUGUGGAAAAGGUGUGUGAGCAGGUAAAAGAAGCUGCUGCACCUUCAGACUCCACCACAGCCCUGACUGAGGAGGAUCUGGAGGACUGGCUCGACAGCAUGAUCUCCUGAUCCAGCAGGACCAGCAGACUCAGCGCCCUCUGCUGGUCCCACGACUCACCUGCUUCCCGUUGUGAGUGACGGAGGACAGGAUGGUGCGAAGCGUCUUGAAGCCCAUGGCGAUGUCCAGCAGAUGAGCCGCGAAGAAAAAGUUGUUGAAGUGUCCAAAAAUGGACAUGGUGGUGUACCAGAUCAGAUACAGGAAGGACUGAAGAAGAGAAAAGAAGAAAAAAAAACAUUGUUCUGCUUUCAGGAAGAAUCUUUUUUUAGAGGUUUUUUUAUUUUUUAUCAGCGCUGAAGGCAAAAACUCACAUUGUCAGUCAGAACCACUCCCAUUUUCCAGAUGUGGUACUUUGUGUCGAUGGAGCUCAGCCUGUUCAGGAAAAAAUAUUAUUAUAAAAAAGAUGUUGCUGCUAAAUCUGAACACUUGUUUAAAGCUGUUACAAACUGGCUUCUUUUGGUUUUAAACCCAUUCAUACUUUUUGUUUGGAUGGGAGGAGAAUAUUUGCACUUCAGGAAAGGAUAAAAGUUUUAUUAUUAAAACUGUUUGUAGUUAUCAGUAUUUACAAUCAGUUCAUGAGACGAAGAGCUCAAAACUCUGUUGAUUUACUUUGAUUGAAUCAGUGUUUAAAGGGUUUACAUGAUGCAAGUAACUAAAUCUGAACCUUUACUUGUUCAGACUGGAUCCUGUCUGGAACAGAGCUGUUUAUUGGUUUAUGUUUUAAAAUAAAGCUCAUCUUCUCUG